GCGUAACUCGAUCGACGGACACCAGGAUCUCGAGCUUAGUCCACGUGAAAGAACCCGUGUCGUUCCUCAUGUCACAAUGCUUGAUUUGCACACCAUCGUCAUCGUUGUCGAUCACCGCUAAAAUUACUCUCUCCUGCCCAUAAUAACGUAGUUCGGUCUGUUAUUUAUAUCGUAUUCACGUUGAUCAACGUGUGAUGUAAAUAAUGCUACUUACCAUGACUUAUACUAGUGAUACGAAAUAUGACCCUUCCAUAUGACUUGUGAUUACAAAGGUCUCCGUAUCGGGGAUAUGAUUGCAACGUUUAAGGAACGAGACUUGGACAACACAUUUAGGAAUCCAUGUGUAAUAAAUAUGUAUUGACAUACACUACGACGUGUGGAAAUCCUUUAAGGUGACACUUGGUUUUGUCAUGCGGAAUAGAUCAAUCAGUAUUAUCUUUGGGUCCCUUAUCUUAUGGGCUGUGGCUACAUACUUUUUAUUUUUGGAUCAACAAUCAGUUGGCAAGGAUCAGGAUAAGGAAAAGGAUAAGCUAUCAAAUCAAAUCAGCAGAUUGGAGAAACAAGUAAAACAGCAGAUAAUUAUAAACCAGGAACUCCUAGAAGGAAUCAACGAGAGCAAACGUCUUAAAAAAGAAUAUGAUAGAUUAAAUGCCCAGUUGUCGAUAGGUGACACGGAAAAAGAUAAAAACAAAAAACAUGAAGCCAAUAAGGAAAAAAGUAUACUAUUACAAAAACUCGCAAACAAAAAUAAAUGGAAAAUAUCUAAAGAUGAACAAAGCCCGACACAGGAAGUUGUUUUAUCUACUGAGGCAACACAUAAUACUCUUUCGAGACAAAGGCUUCCCGAUGGAUCUCCUAUAAUAGCUAUUUUGGUCGUUUCAUGUAAUCGUAUUACAGUAGAGCGAUGUCUAAAUCAAUUAAUUAAGUUAAGACCUAGUAAAGAACAGUUUCCAAUAGUUGUAUCGCAAGACUGUGAUCAUCGACAAACUGCUGAUGUCAUAGCAAAAUUUGGAAACCAGCUACUUCAUAUAAAGCAACCUGAUCAGUCCGAUAUUGAAAUACCACCUAAAGAAAAGAAAUUCAAAGGAUACUUCAAAAUCGCGCGUCAUUAUAAAUGGGCGUUAAAUCAAGUAUUUCUGAAGCUUGGGUAUAGUACUGCAAUUAUAGUUGAAGACGACUUGGAUGUCGCUCCAGACUUUUAUGAAUACUUCCUGGGAACUUAUCCUCUACUAGUGAAUGAUAGCUCUCUAUGGUGUGUAUCAGCGUGGAAUGAUAAUGGUAAAGCCGGCUUGGUGGACGAACAUGCACCACAUUUACUUUAUAGGACAGAUUUCUUUCCUGGCUUAGGUUGGAUGCUCACGCGUGAUUUAUGGUUGGAGCUUGCACCUAAGUGGCCCAAAUCAUACUGGGACGACUGGAUAAGGCAGCCGGAACAGCGUAAGAAUAGAGCUUGCAUCCGCCCGGAAAUCUCACGAACCAGAACAUUCGGCAAACUUGGAGUCAGCAACGGCUUAUUCUUUGAAAAACAUCUGAAAUACAUCAAACUGAAUGAACAAUUUGUGCCUUUCACCAAGAUGAAUCUAUCCUAUUUAUUAAAAGAUAAUUACGAUAUAGCUUUCGUCAACCAAGUGUAUCAAUCGACAGUGGUUAGCUAUUCAGAAUUGAAAAGUGGGAAUAUUGUUGCCCCUGGUCCAGUACGAAUACCAUAUUACACUCGUCAAUCAUUUAAAAAUAUUACCAAAUUGCUUGGUUUAAUGGAUGAUUUCAGGAGCGGUGUGCCAAGAUCAGGAUACCGUGGUGUGGUGACGUUUUUUUAUAAUGGAAGGCGCGUGCAUUUAGCACCAAGUGCAAAUUGGAGCGGUUACGAUAUAACGUGGAGCUAACAAAUAAUUAUGCUCUAUAAAGACUUGUAGAUUGCACAAGAAUAUCGCGUGCAUUUCUUCUUUGAUAUUUAACAGAUUAGGUAAUUUUAACAAUUGCGAUGAAUCAACAGUGAAAUUUAUAUUUA